AUGAAAAUACCCAGCAAGCCCCGCCACCCCUCGCCGACAUUCCCACCACCAGACUCGGAUCUUCACCCACCCAGGCCCAGCAGCGCUCGCAGAAAGACCCGAGCUCCGGGUUCGGCCCGGUUGAAGCGGGCCGGACUCCCGACCGGAAAGCGGAGCCGACCCGAGACGCCUCUGCUCAAGUGGAAGAUCGACGAAGUCCAAGAAGACCGCCGCGGGGAUAGAAGAAAAGACCAAAAUGCCCCUGAGGAGGAGAGAGAAGACGGGGGGAGGAGGAAGGGCAGGAAGGGAAGAGAGGUCGCCAUGUCGGCCAGGAAGCUCGCCGCCGGGCUAUGGCGGCUGCAGUUGCCGGAAAAUGUUUCAGGUGUACCAGGGCGGAGUGGUCAGCUAGGGUUUCAGCCUGACGUCGGCCAUAUCGGCGUACCGUUUCUCCGUAAUCGCAACAGCAAAGCAUAUGCUUCUGAAGCAAAUGAUUUUUUACAAAGCCCUAGGUCUACCUCAAGGAAUGGAUUCUUGUCCAAGUUAUCCAAUUCUGCCAUGGAGGGGCAAACAAAAUGGGAUCCUGUCUGCUUGAAAACAUCAGAUGAGGUACGACAAAUUUACAGCCAAAUGAAGCUUCUUGAUCAACAAGCAAGUGCUGCAUCAGUGGUAUCUGUACUUGAAGCUGAGUUAGAGCAGGCUCGAGCUCGAAUUCAGGAGCUUGAGAUGGAUCGGCGUUCCUCAAAAAAGAAACUCGAACACUUCUUAAGGAACGUCAGUGAGGAAAGGGUUUCAUGGAGGAGCAGAGAGCAUGAGAAAGUCCGUGCAUUUAUUGAUGACAUCAAGGCUGAACUGAACCGGGAAAGGAAAAAUCGUCAGAGAACUGAAAUUCUCAAUUCCAAAUUGGUUAAUGAGCUUGCUGAUGCCAAGUUAUCAGCAAAGCGAUACAUACAGGACUACGAAAAAGAAAGAAAGGCGAGAGAAUUAAUUGAGGAAGUAUGUGAUGAGCUUGCUAAGGAAAUUGGAGAAGACAAGGCUGAAGUUGAAGCAUUGAAGAGAGAAUCCAUGAAACUCAGAGAGGAAGUGGAAGAGGAAAGGAAGAUGUUACAGAUGGCUGAGGUCUGGCGUGAAGAACGUGUUCAAAUGAAGCUGGUUGAUGCUAAGGUGGCAGUUGAGGAGAAGUAUUCUCUGAUGAACAAGCUUGUGGUAGAUCUAGAGAAUUUUCUGAGGACAAGAAGUGCAACCCCAGAUGUGAAGGAAAUGAGAGAAGCAGAGUUUCUUCGACAGGCUGCUGCUACCGUGAAUAUUCAAGACGUCAAGGACGUUUCUUAUGAACCCCCCAAUCCUGAUGAUAUCUUUUCCGUGUUUGAAGAGGUUAAUUUUGGUGAGCCUAAUGAGAGGGAGAUUGAGCAAUGUGUUGCCUACAGUCCUGCUAGCCAUGCUUCCAAAAUUCGUACUGUGAGUCCCGAAGUUAAUGGAAUCAACAAGGACCGGAUCCAAAGACAUCCAAUUGCAUAUGUUGGUCAUAAUGGUGAUAUUGAAGAAGAUGAGAGUGGAUGGGAAACUGUGAGCCAUCUUGAGGAUCAGGGCUCAAGCUACUCACCAGACGGGAGUGCCCCAUCUGUCAAUAAGAAUCGCCGAGAGAGUAAUGUCUCAGAGAGUGGAACAGAAUGGGAAGACAAUGAAGGUGAGGAAACACCAAUCACUGAAAUCAGUGAGGUUUGCUCGGUACCAACAAAGCAGAUUAAGAAGGUAUCAUCAAUAGCAAGGCUUUGGCGAUCCGGCCAAAAUAACGGGGACAACUACAAGAUAAUCUCUUUAGAGGGAAUAAAUGGCAGGCUUUCGAAUGGAAGGAUAUCUACUGGGGGUAUCGUAUCUCCGGAUCAGGGUUCAGGUAAAGGUGGGCUUAGCCCCUCAGAUUUAGUGGGGCAGUGGAGUUCUCCCGAGUCAGGGAAUCACGUUCGAGGAAUGAAAGGGUGCAUUCCUCUUGGGGCGCAGAAGCAUAGUUUGAAGGCAAAGCUUUUGGAGGCAAGGUUGGACAGUCAAAAAGUUCAAUUGCGUCAUGUGCUCAAGCAGAAGAUCUAG